UUAUUGCAACGGAUUUUACCGGGUGACCCAAUAACAACCGGGGAUUUUACUGGAACUGUCCUUUUCUCUGGAGUUUUCCUGUUUUUCGACCAGAGUUUCACCAGAGGUGUCCUUAUUAUAUAUUUAUCAUGA